AUGACCACAGCUCCCGUGGUGAUAGAUAAUGGGUCAUACGAGAUCAAAUUUGGGUAUGGUGUGACGGAGCAGCCCUAUAGAGCUCUUAACGCACUAGCUCGUGAUAAAUUCGGCAAUUCUUAUUUAUCCAAUCAAAUUAAGAAUAUCAAGGACAUCUCAUCAGUUACAUUCAAGCGGCCACACGAAUUUGGUCAAUUGACGUCAUGGGAAUUGGAAAGCUUAAUCUGGGAUUACUGUUUGUAUAACCCCAAUGAGUUCAAUGGAUUCGAUAUAAAGGAAACUAAGGGCAAGGACUUGAUAGCCUCAGAGACAUGUAUGACCAUUCCAGAACUGAGCAAAAACAUGGAUCAAGUAGUUUUCGAAGAGUACGAGUUCGAAUCCUUUUUCAAGUCUCCGGCAGCCUCUUUCGUACCUUUUGGCGACUCUUCUACGGUUGCGACUCGAGAGAUUUACGGUAAGGGAAACACAAAAGAUCCCAAAACUUACGUCGCAAAAUCGAGUAAUGCUUAUGAGCCUUUCCAGCUCAUCAUUGAUUCGGGUUUCAACUGUACUUGGAUAAUACCUAUGGUUAAGGGUAUACCGUAUUACAAGGCGGUCAAGAAACUAGAUAUUGGCGGCAGAUUUCUAAAUGGACUGCUUAAAGAAACUCUAUCGUUCCGGCAUUACAACGUCAUGGAUGAAACAAUUCUCGUGAACAAUAUAAAAGAAAAGUGUCUGUUCAUGAGCCCUAUAUCCUACUUUGACAGCUUCAAGAACAAAGAGACUACCUCUGUUGAGUACAUUUUACCGGAUUUUCAAACAAGUUUACUAGGCUAUGUGAGGCCCAGAGAACAAAUAUUACCACCAGAAUCACAAACUAUCAAGCUACAUGAUGAGCUGUUCUCGGUUCCAGAGACCUUCUUCCACCCGGAGAUUGCACAGCUGCUGAAACCCGGCUUGAUCGAAAGCAUACUAGAAUCCAUUUCGAUAGUCCCCGAGCCCCUCAGACCGCUCAUUGUGAGCAACAUCGUAUGCAUUGGAGGUAACUUCAAUCUUCCGCACUUUGCACCACGUUUGGCAACUGAAUUACAAAGACAACUGCCUACCGACUAUUCUUGCAGAGUAACCGUGCCGCUCCGCGAUUGCGAACUCUACGCUUGGCACUCGAUGUCACGCUUCUCGCAAACUGAUAACUAUCGAAGCGCAAGAGUCUCUCGCCAAGAGUAUUACGAGCAUGGAGCAGAGUGGUGCACAAGAAAUAAAUUUGGCUACCAAUGCUGGAUUUGA